AUGACGUUAUCUGACUCCAUGAAAGCGAAUGGAAAAUCUGUAGCCUCCUCCGGUCCUGCCAAGUCCGUCGAUCAGACCCGUGUCUCCGCCGGCGAUGUUGCGCCGAAGAAGUCUGGAGGUGUAUUGCUGGCUCCCUCCACGCCGGUCAAACCAACCGGAAGCACCGGUGGCUACUCCGGCAUCCGAAUUGGCGGUAGAGGCAAAUCCUCUGUAUCUCACGGUGGUAAAGGCAAAGGAAUCACCACCGACAUUGCUCCACCGGUGAUUGCCUUCAGAGAUGUGACAUUUGGGCCCCAUGAAGGCGAGGUGCGGUUCCGGCUUAUCCACUUCUGGGAGGCUUGGAACACUGUUACGAAGGUGCUUAUCGGUGUAGAGAUGCUUCUCAUCGAUAUGGAGGAAUUCGUCAUCCAGGGAUUUAUCCCUGCGGGGAAAAUGGAGUCUUAUGUGCGUCACCUGAAGCCUGGUUGUACUUAUCGACUCCAUAAUUUCUAUGGAGCCCAGAGCAAGCCUAACUACAGGGUAGCUGACCCAGAAGUCACAAUUAGCUUCUCUUGGAACUCUGUCCUCUCAGAGCUGGUUGACAGUUCGAUUCGUUUCCCUGCCGAUCGGUUCCGGAUUCAUGGGUUUGAGGAGUUUGAUGCUGCUUGCGAUAUGAAAGGUCCUCUUUAUGAUUACAUUGGGCACAUCAAGCUUGUGAAUGGGCAGGUUCCUGGUGACGGUCUCCUCCUGGAUGAGGCCAGCAUUGUUGCAUCCCGCCGAGUUGAUCUCCAUGUUCAGAAACAAGACGAACCGGUCCUUAAGCUAUGCCUCUGGGAUCAGGCUGCCUCGGAGUUCUGCCAAAAGUUUAACGCGUCUGGAGGCACUGCACGUGUGGUAUUGGUCACAACCUUGAACCCAAAACGUUAUGGAGUAUUAUCCCUGUCUUCUAUGACGCCCUCUAGAGUGUUUUUGGAUAAUGAUGUCCAAGAGACCCGGGAUUACCUUUGCUGGUUGCUCUCCCACCAAGAUAUCGCCAACCGAGUUACUGCAACUGCGGUGGUCAAGCCUGAGCCAGCUACAUUGGGAGAGCUGUUCGCUUAUAUGAAGAAGGAAUCCGCUAAGGUGGCCUGGUUUGAGUGUGCAGCGACCAUUGAUGAUGUUGUGCAUGGAACUAAUUGGUAUUACAUCGGAUGUGGUGAGUGCCAUACGAAGGCAACGAGAGGACCUACAACCCUCAUGUGUAAGAAAUGUGGCAAGAGUGAGAUUGAUGGAGUGGCACAGUACCUGUCCAGGCUCUCUGUGUACGACAGCAGAGAUCAAGCCGUUUUCGUCCUACUUGGGGAUGCUGGUGAAGAACUGACCGGAAAGAAGGCUGCCGCUUUGGUUGAGAGCUACUAUGAGGCCAAUGAUGAUGCUGGAGUUGAAGACAUGGUUCCUGUGCCACAAGUCAUGAUUGACACUAUUGGCCAGACCCGUAAGUUCAUUGUCAAGGUGUCAACCCACAACCUGACUGGGAAGACAAAGACUUUAACAGUGACGAAGGUGCUACCUCUUGAAGUUCCUGUUCCCGAGGGCGAAGAAGGAGAUGAGGUGGCUGAGGUUUCCGGCAAAGAAGUUGAUGAUCAUGGGGAUGGGUCCGUGAAAAGAGCUGCUGGUGGUGCUGAGAACGAAGGUGCCAAGCGCGCUAGAAGUGGCUAA